GCACCCGGUUCUGUUGUUCCCUGGAGGGUAUAAAAGAGCUGCUCCUUCGCAGACAGUCACAACACAGACUCGACUGAGAUCGAAGAGAAGACACCUUCACACGAAGAAACCGCGACAUCAUCUGAGAAAAAAAAUGGACCCUUGUGACUGCUCAAAGAGUGGAACCUGCAACUGCGGGGGAUCCUGCAAUUGCAAAGACUGUUCCUGCACCUCCUGCAAGAAGAGCUGCUGCCCAUGCUGCCCAUCCGGCUGCAGCAAGUGCGCCUCUGGCUGCGUGUGCAAAGGGAAAACGUGCGACACCAGCUGCUGUCAGUGAGGAGCCAGCUACAUCAGCAGUCCCCUAAUCCUGUGAUGUCGCCAGCGUGAAACCUUUAUUUUUUUUUUUGCAUUAUUUGUGGAUGCAAAUGUCUAUAGAGAUUUUGUACUUGUCUUCAGUGUUGAAAUAAACGUUUACUUGAUGUGA